AUGAAAGGCCGACUUGUGUCUGCAAAUCCAGCUGAAGGAGAGCGGUUCUACCUACGCCUACUUUCGUCUCAUAUUACUGGGCCUACUUGCUUUGAAGAUCUAUACAGUUUUAACGGCUUACCGCACCCUACAUUUCGCAAAGCAUCUCUUGAGAGAGGGUUAAUAGAGAACAAUGACAACUUAUCCCAAUGUCUUGGAGAGGCCUCCUUAUUUCAAUUUCCGGCUGCUCUUAGGAGGUUAUUUGCCACGAUGUUGAUUUAUUGUGAGCAAGAAGAUGUUCGCAAAUUAUGGGAUGACCACUAUGAUUCGCUCUCUGAAGAUUAUACGCGACAAUGUGAAAGUGUUAAUCGAGUCCGUAAUCUGGUUCUAACUGAUAUCCUCGUUUUUCUACAGUCUAUGGGUAAGAGUCUUGAUGAUUUCGAUCUUCCAAUGGUUGAUGCAAAUUCAAAUUUUCAAUCUGGAGAAUUUCGUGAGGUAGAAGAGGAAUGCUCUAUAGUUGUGGAAGAUGAACACUUGCGUCCCCGAGACUCUCUGAAUUUCGACCAGAAAUAUGCAUAUGAUGAGAUCAUGAGGCACGUAGACGAGGAUUGUCCAGGAGUGUUCUUUAUAGAUGGUCCGGGUGGAACCGAGAAGAAUUUUUUGUACAAAGCUUUGCUUGCCAACAUCCGUUCACGUGGUCUUAUUGCUCUCGCAACCACUUCUUUGGGUGUUGCUACCAAUAAUAUGCCUGGAGGGAGAACAGCUCACUCUAGAUUCAAAAUUCCUCUAAACCUUGAUAAUAACUCGAUGUGCAACAUAAGAAAACAGAGUGGGGCUGCUAAAUUGAUUCGAGAUGCAUAA